UUCGAAACCCUAAAAUCAACUGAAACAAAUUCAGAUACAAACAAUGUCAUCAUCGACGGCGGAGAAGCGGUGCCUCUACGAGGUCCUCGGUCUUAGCCGCGACUGCGCCGCCGACGAAAUCCGCUCCGCCUAUAAACGUCAAGCUCUCCGUUGUCAUCCCGACAAGCUCAUACAAUCAGGCGUUUCCCCCGAAGUAGCCACAGCUUCCUUUCAAGAGCUCGUCAAUGCCUACGAAGUUCUCUCCGAUCCAAAAGAACGAUCAUGGUACGAUUCUCAUCGAUCUCAAAUCCUCUUCUCUAACGCCGGUUCAAAGUCCGCUAAAGGAUCGGUUCCAGAUUUAUUUUCUUUCUUUACGAAUUCCGUCUUUUCCGGUUACUCGGAUACCGGUAAAGGAUUCUUCAAGGUAUACGGUGAUGUGUUUGAUAAAAUAUAUUCGAAUGAAAUCAACUUUGCUAGUAGAUUAGGUUUGGAUAUAUCGACUGUAAAGAAAGCUCCUUUGAUGGGGAAUUUGAAUAGCCCUUAUGAACAGGUAACUGCUUUUUAUGGAUAUUGGUUAGGGUUUGUUACAGUGAUGGAUUUCUGUUGGGAAGAUGAGUAUGAUGCUAUGGCUGGUGUGAAUCGGAAAUCAAGGAGAGUUAUGGAGGAGGAGAAUAAGAAGGUGAGGAAGAAAGCGCGACGGGAGUAUAACGAUACGGUUAGGGGUUUGGCAGGGUUUGUGAAGAAGAGAGAUAAGCGGGUGAUUGAUAUGCAAGUGAAGAAGAAGGAGGAGAUGGAGAAGAAGAGAGUGGGGGAGAUGAUAAAAAAGAAGGAGCUCGAGAGACAGAAGAUGGAGAGAGCUAUGGCUUAUAAGGCACCGAAAUGGACUGAGGUUGAAGAAGAAGAGAUUGAGAUCGAGAUUGAUCUUGGAGAUGAUGGAAAGAAUGGGAAUGCGCAUGAAUUGUAUUGCGUGGCUUGUGGGAAGAGGUUCAAGAGUGAUAAGCAAUGGAAAAACCACGAGCAGUCGAAGAAACACAAGGAGAAGGUUGCAGAGUUGAGGGAAGCUUUCAGUAAUGAAGAUGGUGAAAUGGAUGACGACGACGAUGUUGAAGAAUUACAUGAACAGUUUGAUGAACAAAUCAUCCUCGAAGAAAAAGAGAGUGAUGAUGAAGUGUUUGUCGGUGCUGAUGAUGGCAGUAGUGAUUCCAAAGGAAUUGAUGACGAUGAAAAUGAAGAUGAAGAUAGCUUUCUAGAAGCAAUGAUUUCAGGGCAUAAGAAAUCUAAAUCAGCAGCAAGCCUUGAAAAAGCAGAAGAAGAAGAAGAAGAAGGAGAAGAAGGAGAAGAGAGUGGUGAUGAAAACGAAGAAGCUCAAUCCAGUGAAGAGGAAAUGUUUGUUGAUGCUGACAAUGGUGAUAAAAUACCUAAAUCGGACGAAGAAGAAGACUUUCUCGAAGCAAUGAUAUCCGGACACAAGAAAAAGAAAAAUGUUCGUAAAUCUCAAGCAAAGGCUUAUUCUCCUGAUUCCGAAGGAGAAAAAGCUGAAGAAGAAACAGAUUUCAUGGAAUAUAAUAACACGAAAUCUACCAGAAGGAACAGGAGGAAAGAUAGAACUAGUAAACCAUUCAAAGAAGACACAACUGUUGAUGAAGUUGUUGGGAAAAUUGAUACAAGUAGUAAACCAUCCAAAGAAGACACCACAACUGUUGAUGAAGUUGUUGGAAAAAUUGAUACAAGUAGUAAACCAUUCAAAGAAGACAUAACCGCCGAUGAAGUUGGUGAGAAAAUCAACAAAGAAUUGUCUGUUGAGCAAGAACGAGAAGACAACAAUGCUACAACAGAGGAUCAGCCAGCAAAAAAAAGUCAAAAACCGUCAAAACCUGCUGUUAAGAAGAAGGGAAAAGCCAAGAAAGAAUCAAUCAUCCCACCCCAACCCCAAGGAAGAAAACAGAAGAAAUCCACAAGCAGUGUUUGCGAGACAUGUGGAGAGGAUUUCGGAUCCAAGACCAAGCUGCAUAAGCAUCUUAACGACAGCGGUCAUGCAACAUUGAAACACAGAUAGGCAAACUGAUUUUUCCUCAAAUUUUGUUUUUCAAGAGUGCCCAUUCAUUCAUAUCUAUUUUUCAAUAAACAAAUACAUAUUAUCAAAGUAUAUCAUUGUUGUUUU